UCGAAUGAUUCAUAUUUCAUCUACUAAUACCAAUAGUUCAGAUAUUUUAUGCACAUUACUAAAUACAAUUGAUUUAAAUAGACAUCGAUCAUCUAAUAACUAUCGAUAUUCAAUACCUGUAUUACGAUUUGCUACUUGUCUAUUUAUACUUGCUGGUAUUUAUGUUUACGAAUAUAUUCGCCUAAAUCUUAAAUUUAUUUUACCAUCAAUUCAAACAGUAAAAAAAUAUUAUACAGAUAAUCCUUUUUCAGAGGCUAAACUUCACUUUAAAGAAUCAAAGAAUUAUCUUGAUUCCAUCGGAUGUCAAUUUAUUUUUUUAUCUGAAGAUUGUUCAGCUAUCAUUCCAAAAAUUGAAUAUGAUUCAACAUUAAAUACUUUCAAUGGUUUUGUUACACCACUUUUGGAAGGAAUUCCAAUUGAAAAUGCUUUCAACUACAAAUCAUUUGAACAGCUAAAACUUGCAAUUGAAACAAAAACACGUGCUAAAUUAGUAAAUGUACAUUUGAUACAACCUAUUUAUGAUCAUACUCUUGAUUUAGCACCACCACCCUCAGUUUUAGCAGCGUACGGCACAGAUAAUAAACUAACUUCAAUCGAUAUUGUGAAAAAGUGGAUAAUGAUUUAUCAAGAAUUGUUUUCUAGGAAUAUUCGUGUACUGGGAUUUUCUGCUGAUGGAGAUCCAAAGUAUUUACGCUCAAUGCGUAUAGCAUUAAAUUUUUUUGUUAAAACACAGACAUUGAAUAUUAAUAAUAACAAAUUAUCUUUUACAAUUAAUAUUCCAUCUAGUUGGUCUACUUGGCAUUUUCUCAAUCGUACCCAAUUAUUUUUGUGUAUGCAGGACGGCAUACACUUAUGUUGUAAAAUUAGAAAUCGAUUGUUAUCGAAAAGUACUAAGUUAAAAAUGGGUUCUUAUAAUGUAUAA